UCAACAGACUCAGCAGGAUUUUCCCUUUCGGCAUUGGUCACUCUUAUGACACCAACAGAAGCUACUGUAAAAGAAGGAAUUAUGUACUUGGGCCUCUGUAUUCCUGAUGAAAGGUUUGUGGCUCCGUACUUUUGGUCUCUCCCAAGUAUUGCAUACUCAGACUUUGACCACCUGAGAAGAACACUUUUACGAAAUCUGAAAUAUGACACACGUGACCUGACAAUGUAUAAGGAUGGCAAUGGCACUAUGGUGGCCACCAUCAAUCACCUACAUGAACUUAUGGAAAUAUGUCUACAACAAGAAGAAGCAAUACCGUUCCUGGCUCAAGAUCUAGUGCUGAUCAACUUUUUUGAUCAAAGACCAGAUACUGCCAACAAUAUUUUCCCUCAAAGUUGUUGAAAUGCUAAAAAGUCAUGUCAGAGGAUCACAGGCUACAUGCCUUUACAUCAUCGCAGCCUACCAUCUCACCGAACAAUUUUGUAAUGUAGAAUUUGGUACACCAGAACAGAUCCAAAUGUCUGUGUCUACAGGAAUCACCAUUUUCCGUUUAUGGCGCAGAUACCUUGAGUUGAAGAAGAUGCGCCUACAUGCUCUUCCAAAUGCGUCCAAAAUAAAGAAAAACAGAGGACAUUUUCUUACUUAUGGU